CUGACUGCCUCUUCGGUCAAUCUGCGCCUUCCACCUUCCACCACAUGCCAACGCCUGAGAUGAUGCAAGGGCGUGCAGUCCGCGAGUUCCUGAAAGGAAGAAGAAGAAAAAAGAAAAUGGAAGCCGCAGGUGUUUACAUGCUGGACCGUGCCAGUUCUUUCCCAGCGUCUUCUGUCGUGGCCCGGUCUAGAGUGAACCUCGCCAAACUCUCAACUACUGCUCACGUUCUGCCUGGUUGCUACCCGUCCUGCGUACGGAUCUCAGUUCCCAGCCAGUUACACUCAACUCAUCCGCUUCAAGUUUCGAGAACUGCCUCUACCGGUCAUCAUCAUUAUGGACGCAACAUCCAGAGAAGCCUCGCCCUCCGCGCGGCCCAAGUCCCCGUCCACGCGUUCGACGAGCAGCUCUCACGUGUGCCUCACCACGCUGGCCGCCCGCCCACUUCCCCUAGACUCCGAUGAUGAUAACAACAGCACCCUGAGGUCUUCUCCCAGCAGCCGAACCUUCGAUGGUUCUGCGCCAACCACCCCUGGACUCAGUGGAAGCAGCUCCGCCAUUCUGCUCGGUUCCCUCGGGUUCAAAUCCACCAACAAUGUCACUCCUUGCGCCCGAGAGACCACGAAGACGAGUGACGACCGCACCAAAUACAUCGCUGCCCGGAUCCGCGCCCGCCGCAAGCUCGAGCUCGACCGCGAACCGCGCGCCCACUCCGACGUGGCCUACAGCAUGAGCCGCAAGAUGCGCCGCAUCGUCGCCCGGGAGUACGGCAGCGGUCCUGGCCCCGACCACUACCUCAUCUAUAGCGACAGCGAUGACGACUGCAGCAGCGGUGAUGACUCCAGCGAUCACGACGCCACAGAUCGCGGGCGCGGGGCCGCCGCCUUAGAUGGCGUGGAUGAGGCUGCUCCCCGUGGCCGUACGUACACUGACGUGGAUGGGCGCGUCCUCGAAGAGGACCGGAUCAACUGGGACGAGUGGGACCGCCAGAUCGAGAAAAAGGCGAUGCGCGACGAGCGCGCGGCGCUGCUGCGGCGCAUUCAGGAGCAGCACUCGCGCGGGGUGCUGGGCUGGUUUUUGUGGUUGGUCGGGCUCGGGUAUCCGCCCCCGUCCGAGGAGGACGGCUACGACGCGGCGGAGGAGAAGAAGAUUGAGGCCGAGAUGCAGCGCAUGAUCCGCGAGCAGGAGGAGGAGCGGAUGAGGCGCAAGCGCGAGUAUAUUGACUCGGUGGUGGCCAACCUGGAGGAGCCGGGCGAUGGGAUGGUCGCCGAUGUGGCCUGGCUUGUUGGGAUGAUACUCAUGAUUCCUUUCCACUAGCCUACUUUAAUGUGUAGCGCGUAAAGCACUUUAAGGUUAUCCUUCAAAGGGCAGCUUAAGUUUCGGUUUUAGGAGUACGGCGUCCGGGAAUCCCUUCGUGCUGAGUAAUUCAGCUCACCCAACCCACGGCCGCAGUUGUGCCUCUCAAACCCCGAUCGACCCAAGGGUCCUCCGCCAAUCACUGCCCUGUCGGCAU